AUGUCGUCCUCAAUGUCCGAUUCUUCGAUUCGCAACCGAAGCGACUCCACCGAAGGUUCUGAGCUGCCUGAGCACGAGCACAAGCGUCCAAGGCUGAGUGAUACUAAGCCUGAUGGGACGCAUGUCAUGUCGGAUUUCCAACAAGACAAUUCCAACCCCGCACUUUCAGUGCCAGUUGUCCUUGCCAACCGGGAUGAGGAAAGAGCUGUCGUCAAGACUCCGCCGCUGCCUCCCAGAACUGUAGCCCCUCCCGCUCUCAUAUCUCCUACCAGCAAGGUUACCAUCAAUACCCGCCCGUUGUCUUCACAAUCAAUCACACAACCAACCACCGAGGCUGAAGCAGCAGAUAUGCCGUCCAAUCCCUCGCUUCCUCAAAACCCCAUUGGUUGUGCCGACCCAAAGGGAGAUGACAAUGCGGUACCUGCCCCCGAACCACAUCCGACUGAGUCGGCGGAGAUCAUCUCGAUAUCUUCCUCCCCAAGCAAGAGCCCUGAAAUCGAGGUCGCUGAGCCUGAAGACUUUGACCAAGAUCCAAACCAGACAAGGUGGACGGGUCGUAUUAGUGGGGGAAGUCCAUCCGCAUCUGACCACCUGCAGCCGGUCCCAGCUGGCUAUGUAAAUCGCACAUUCCCCUUUGCUCAAGAAUGGGCCCCAGGGAGUACGCAUAGAGUGCUUGUCCGCAUAUCGGAAAACUUCCAACACGCUGGUGGUCAGAAUGGGGCUAUAUUCCGUCAAGUCAAGGACUGGAUGAUGGAAUUUGUCUCCAUCUGUGACGAGUUCCCCCCGACACUGCUUGAAGAGGAGAAGGAUUUCUGGCAACGACUCCCAGAUCUCAUCGAAGGCCUGCUGCGAAGAGAGGCCGGUCCACCUCCUGGAGCUCGGACCGAAGACCUCGUCGACUUCUUCGUCGCCUUUGCUCAGAUUGCCAAGCUCCUGAUGGACUUUGACACCCAAAGACUUCGUUUGCUCCGUGAGGAUGCAGAACUCGGCGAGCUCAAGUCACUCAGCUUGGUGUGUGCUAACUACAUACAACCACUGACAUGGAUCCUCUCGGUCCGCAUUCCUUUCUACGACGCUUUGUGUCGGGCACACAGUUUCGAUCGCACCCACUUCUACACGCUCGUCAUCGAUCGCCUUGGAAACCCGGCGACCGUGUCUCUCUUACCAUCCAUCUCCGCCUUGAUGGCCGAAAUAUGCGCUCUAAUAUCGAAGCGAGCUGAUCUAUUUCGACCUUUCCACAAUUUGCUCUCGGUGACCAACUGUAUCAUGGCUCCGAUCUCCAAUGUGUACAGUACCGAGACAAAUUUUGUCUAUGCCGACUUCUCACAACUUGACCACAUCCGCAACAGCGCUGCGGAAAUAAUUUUACAAGCAGACCAUGCCAUUCAGCAAGCCAUUGUGAAACAAGCGGCAUGGCUCAAUCUAGAGACCGCGGGGAAGAUCAUUGACCUUCUGAAUCCAAUGGUGUCGACAAUCGCGGUAGAUAUCCCGCAGAUCGGCAAGGACAUAAUAUCUGCAGCAGGAGUUGGGUUCGCUGACUCGGAUCUCACUGACCUUCCCAGCACGAUGCCAUACGCCUGGAAGUUCAAGACGCUUCGCAAAUUCAUCACCAAUGGGCGGAUGGAACUUCGAGUUUCCGGCGUCGACAGUAUGUCAACUGAUCUUGUUCAAGUCUUCAAAGAACAUAUCAGUGGCCAAGCCCAGCCUGCAAUGUCUCACCCCCUGGUAAAGUUCUUGGUCAAGUUCAUCAAGGAGAACCAAUUGGUCGACUAUAUUGUCGGGGUCGACUCCCACCCCCAGUUGAUUCGUCGAGCCCAUAAUGUGGUCGGUUUCCUCUGCGUCUCUGGGACAUACACCGACGCCGACACAGACAAUAUCUGGAAAACCAUUGUCGAGAGCCAAGACCCGCGGACGGCGCAUGAGAUUUUCAAUCUCCUUCAAAUGUGCUUUACUGUAUACGACCUUCAUGCACUUUAUUACAUCUGCCGAAAACUAUCUGAUUAUCCCAUUCAGCGCUUCGAUCUGCACGUCUUGCAGUUCACUGCUCUUCUGUUUGAGAAUCUCAGAACUAAGACUGGCAUAUCACCUCUCCAUCUUGGAAUACCCACAGAUCCGAUAACACGAAAGUUGUGCAUACGAUUGCUGCGCGAAGCCUCCAUGGAGGAAAACGCGUCUCUUGAACAAGCGCCGCUCAUACGGAGGGACUUUGCCCAACAUCUGACUAACGUUCUGUCGUUGGGUCGCUCUGAACUUAAUUUUCCCACGAUUGACGAGGAAGAGCGGAAUCGGAUCAUGUCCGAGGCGGCUUCGAACCUCGAAGCCCACAUUGAAUACGCCACUGGUGAUCUUCAAGCCUUGAACUGCCUAUUACCAAUGCUGGGAGGUGAAGGUGUUGCUGAAGCCACACAAAAGUUCAACUUGUUGGCACUGUUGAUUGCCGACUUUGCGUACCUGCGUGACCAAUUUGACCUGAUGCUGGCUCGCAGUGUACCCGUCAAAUUAAUCGAGGCAAUGUACGAGGUGCGAUCCGCUUGCCUGUACUACUUCAUUAUCUAUGUGCCUGAAGUCUUCACUGCAGAUCUCGUGCAGGAACUUUGGACAUCCUUCUAUGCAUUCUCACCUCUCCCCACAUCCAUCAGAGCUCGCGCUUGGGAGACAUUGACACACGCAGAGAGAAUAAAACAGAACAAGGACGAAAAUCUCCUCUUGGACUUGAUCAUCGAAAAACACUUGCCGACCCUGUUACCCCAAGACUACAAUGAACAAGUCCUCGAGUUCAUCAGGGUGUCGAUUCUCCACACAAUCAGACGCACCACGGAAAAUAUCACUGAUGUUGAGGAUGUCAUUGUAGUACCCGGGAUCGAGAGAAUGUGGAAAGUCAUGUUGGAUGCGCCUCCAAACACUGUUGAGAAUCAAGCAACAGACUUCAUCAUCCGGACGUACUUGGAUAACAACCUUGUCACGCGAAGGUCGAAGGAGGUGAUCGACGCGACGCAUGCUUCUCUCGUGGACCGCUCGGUGCAGCAGGUUAUGGCGUCUGCAGCAAAGCUAAAAUCAUACACAGAUGGUACCAUGAGUGGCGAGGAUGAGCCCAUGGUGAUUAUCGCCUCGGAGGACGAAAUACGCGCCGAGGAACUGCGUUUUGAUCGGUCUCUGCUAUUCCUCCGAAAAUUUCUUGAAGGCAUGAAACUACGUCCUCGGUAUAGUCCAGUCCCCGAUCAGCAGAUCCAGGGGCUGGCGGAGUUUUCAGGCAAGAAAGGAGAGACUAUUGAACUCAAGAUUCAGAUCAUGGCAAGCAAGUAUAUAACGGAGAAGGUGCAAAAUAUCACCAUCGGGUCCGAGAAUACUUGCGACGAAUUGCACAAGUAUCUUUGUGAGGCGAGUGGUUUCACCCAGUUCUCCGUAUUCAACAUGGGCCAAAAGGUUUUGCUCGCAGGACAGUCGACAACUAUCGCAGACUCAAAGGUAGCCUCUGGUCUCCUGAUUGUUCAUAAAACAUUGAACACGCCAGAGAGCCCGCCAACCCGCGCCACGCGUGCCACCUCACCGGUUGACAACAAAAUCAUGCACCACUUCGAUGACCUUUACGAGCUGCUUGACGCUGAUGAGCGCCUGUCAAGAGAGGUGUACACAUUCCUCAGCCUCUUCUCGGCGCAGACCGAACUCGUCCGAGUCGUACGAUCAAGAGACAAGUCGCCCACGGAACUUCUGCCUCCUGGCAAACCUUUCAAACUCUUGUAUUGCGCCCGGGCUUUGCGAUCUUGCAUUGAGGACGAGUCGUUCAGCUCAAGCCCGGAUUCUCAAUUUCUCAUCUACAGCAUUCAAACCAUCGUGCAAGUACUGCCCAAACUGGACUUGAAUAACCCAUCAGAUGGGCUCCAGAUGUCCAUUGCGCACGGUUUAGCGGAAGCACUUCUUCUCGCAUUCCGAGCCAAGGUGUCCGCAGAAACAUCAAGCGAAUACAUUGUGGACCAUCAAGAAUUCGCCGCGCAAGCUUCAAGAUUGCUCCGCUUUGCACUAGAGAGUGACAACACCAACAUGGACGAAAUUUCGUCCUCAGCCAUGGUGAAACUGGUCUUGGAAACUUUCAUCGAAGCGUGCCUACAUGAUGAACGAAUUUGGACUCACGUGGAGGCUGAAGCUGACUUCAAAGACUUGAUUGUCACUGCCUUCGUCGCUGAUCCUCGAACUGAUGUGCGGCAUUCGAUCCUUGAGGUUGUGGUUGGUUUGACUGGUGCGGUCGGAACAAAGCUGUACCUCAAGAUUAACAAUCCACGAGCGCCACGAUCACGCUUUCCACCCGCUUCCAUUGAGACUUGUCUCUCACAUUUGUGGACUGCUCUGGCAGACAUCCUACCGUAUGCGUGUCUGCAGCAUGAGCGCUGCGCCGAAGUCUGCGAGACAAUGCUUGCUAUCCUAAGAAGGAUAGGCAAAUCUUUUCCUCUUGAGAUUGUUAAACAGUACUUUGACCAGUGGAUCUCCAUCCUCCUGAAACAUGAGCAUGUCGAGGUUGUUGGCCAACCUCUCAAGGAUCAUGUGAUUGCCUGUCUCACCAAACUGCUCCUCGAAAACUGCAAACUACUCAAGACGUUAAAUGCGCUUCCUCCCGGCCAUCAGAUCAUCGACGAGAUCAUUACGUUAUUCCUGUUUCCACCGCUGUCCGAGAACGGGGCAGGGGUCGAUGAGAACUCGAGGUUGCCAGUUCUGGACAGCACUGUGCGGGAGAGCUUGUAUAACCUGAUUCUUGCCCUGUGCCACGGACCGGAAGAGCUCACAACGGUUGUCACCAAGUUGGGGGACGACUUACUGCCUCCAGACUUUUUUGAACCCAUCUAUUCGCACGACCGGCAGAAUCUCCGGACAGAUGUCGGCUACGCCGGGCUACGAAAUCUUUCCAACACUUGCUACCUCAACUCGUUGUUUUCCCAACUCUUCAUGAACGUGCAAUUCCGGGAAUUCUUUUUGAACAUGUUGGGCUCCGAUGAAUCGAAACAGAAACUCGUCUUAGAACUGGCAAAGGUCUUCGCAUAUAUGCAAAAUUCCUAUGAAAAGUCUAUCGAUCCCUCGAUGGCGGUUGAAGCGAUAACGACUUAUGAAGGAGAGCAAAUUGACGUGUCGGUACAGAUGGAUGUGGAUGAGUUCUUCAACCUGCUCUUUGAUCGCCUUGAGGGCCAGAUUGAUUCUUCGGCCCGGGCGGCAUUCAAGUCAAUGUACGGCGGACAGCUGGUCCAGCAAGUCAAGUCGAAGGAGUGUGACCACAUUUCGGAACGACUGGAGCCCUUCUCCGCUGUUCAGGUGGAGAUCAAAGGCAAAGCCCGUCUCGAAGACAGUCUUCGUGCGUAUGUCGAGGGAGAAGUUCUCCAAGGCGAAAACAAAUAUUCUUGCACUUCAUGCGGGCGCCACGUGGAUGCUGUCAAGCGAGCCUGUCUGAAAGACGUGCCUGACAAUUUGAUAUUCAACCUCAAGCGGUUCGACUACGACAUCAUGACUGGGAUGCGGACAAAAGUCAACGAUGAAUUCCAGUUUCCCGACACUCUCGAUAUGGCACCCUAUACUCUCGCAAGACUUAGCGAUGAGCAGCAAUCCGGAGAGCCAGAUUACUUCCAGCUCACUGGUGUCAUUGUUCACUCUGGGACAGCAGAUUCUGGUCACUACUAUUCAUUUAUCCGCCAGCGGCCGUCGGCGAAACCCGUCCACGAGUCUUGGGUCCAAUUCAAUGACCAAGAUGUCGGCGUUUUUGAUACCACCCAAAUGCGUGACAACUGCUUCGGAGGCACUUCAGAAGCCGGCUUUUACCAUCUUCCCAAGUUUUAUAGUGCUUACAUGCUGUUCUACCAGAGGACAUCGAGCAUUCGCAAGGUCGAGGAGCGAUAUCGUUGCCACGACCCGAUCAAUCCUGUACGAAUUCCCUUGCCGCGUCGAUUGGAUCAACACAUAUCCCAACAAAAUGAGCUUUUUCUGCGUUCUUACUGCGCGCAAGACCCGUCACACGCGCAAUUCGUCCAGAAGUUCCUCGAACGCAUGCCACAGGGUUCGGAUAAAUGCAGUGAAAAUCACAGCCUCGAAUCCGCUGUGAUUGAAAUGGUUCUGGACUAUUUGCGCUCAGUAUCUUCUCGCUUCAAGGAACAACCAUACUUUGAAGAGACUAUCGGUGUUCUUCUCACUUACACACAGCAGUGCAAGGACUGCACCAGGACAAUAGCUCACUGGUUACAAACCGUCCGGGUCCUUGAAGAUGUGGUCGUCCGUAGCCCCUACCAGAUCGUCCGGAAGUCGUUUGCGAACCUAUUCUGCGUCACGUUCAAUCGACUUCGCUCCGUCAAGAACGAACUACGAUCUGGUCCGGAAUUCGAAAAGGUUGCGGCAGAAUACGAUUUGUGGCUUCAGAGCAGUCUCAAUCACUUGUCUCGAUUGUGGGACGUGGUAGCCAAGACAGGUCGUUGCUGGACGGACUAUUUCGGCCUCUUAUUCGCGAUACAUCGGUUGGGCGAAGAGGAAACCCUCUUCGUCCUCGAAGAAAACUUCCUCGAAAAGUGUGUCGAUAUCAUCAUGAUGCACUUGAACAAUCAAGCCGAGUUCCCGUUGUCCAGGAGGCUCAAAACACGCUACGCUGCAUAUUUGAGUGCCCGAGAGAGGAAUCGACCAUUCAACCACCCGGUGCUCAUCCGCCUCUUUGUGAGCUUACUCCUGAGUGUCGACCUCCACUUACCUGCCAACAGAGAUUUUCGCCAAUAUGACAAGCGAGCCGGUUUGACUGUUCCUGAGAUGGACAUGCUCGGGUUUAACAAGAUUCCCCCCAACUUGGAAUGGCUCAGGCGCCUGAUUGCAGGACGGCAGAAUCCGUCAAUGGCGGAUAAUCUCAUAGAGGUGUUCUCGACGGACCGGAGACUCGCUGGUGCACUCUCCAUCAUCCUGGUGAAUGGGCUCAAUGACCGGAGCAUCAACAUAGCCAGUGCCUUCCUCCGGCCAGUCCUGACCUUCUGCGAGUAUUGUCACUCAGAGAAUCAGGUAUUCGACCUGGUUCAACCCGCCCUGGAAAGCAUCGCGACAGUAGGCGUGGAAUAUGCCCGGGAGUAUUUUGAGUUUGUUGAAGCCUUGUUGAAGGUGGAAAAUGGCCACCUUAACCUUCCCGCGGGUUUCCUCGAGGACCUGGUCCUGCAGACGGUGCAUCAAUGGGCGCCAACGUUCUUGAUUGCACCCAAUGAAGGUCAAUUCAACAUCCGUCUUGGGACGGUGGACUUGCUCAAGAGGAUCCUGUUCACCCCUCUCCAGGAGCCUGCUCUCCAAGACCCUCGAGUUUACUCGACACUUGUCACGGCGGUGCACGAUUUGGCGACUAGCUGUUCCCACUUUGUGCAGACCACCUUCUUGAAUCCCCGCAGUCGAGAAAGUAACACUCUCCAGCCCGGCCAAGUCAGCCAAGUGAUCGAUGUGGUGGAACAUUGUCUCACAUACUUUGAACUCGAGAAUCCAGUACAUGAGGAGAAGAUGAGGGAAAUCCAGAACAACAUGCUGGCAUUGAGAACCAAAGCUGAGACAGCAGUUGAAACUCUGAGCUCGGCUGACUGGCAGGACGGUAGCAGUGAGCUGGCCGAAUUGAGCGCCGAGGACUACGAGGAUCCGCUUAGCCCGUGA